GUGUCUGUCAACUCCCGCCAAAGACCCCCACCCGGCCCGGCCCUUGCCCACUCCCAGGCUCCCAGGACAGUCACACACUUGGCCUCUGUGAUGCUCAGUGGCCUGGCUGGGGGGUGGGGGCAUGCACGGUCUGAGGACACACUGGAAUAUUCAGUAUGUGCUCCGUGGAAGCAGCCCCAGCUGGAGGAGCAGCCUACCCCACAAAGGACCCCUCAGGAAUGAAGUAGCUUUUCAGGUUCAGGGGAGCGUCGGACUCUCCUGCUCGCCUUAAAUAGUCAAGCCUUCCUUCUACAGCUACAAGGAGCCCACCUGGAGACCCACCCGCGGCUGCUCACAGCUCACCUGCUUCCCUGGUCUCCUUUCCUUUCUUUCCUGGGUCAUCUGCAAGAGACUUCUGCCUUCAGCCACAAGAUGGAUGGCCUCGAGACAGCCCUACCGAGUCUGACUGACAAUGCCUCCCUGGCUUACUCUGAACAAUGUGGCCAAGAGACGCCCCUGGAGAACAUGCUCUUCGCCUGCUUCUACCUCCUGGACUUCAUCCUAGCUUUUGUGGGCAACGCUCUGGCCCUCUGGCUUUUCAUCUGGGAUCACAAGUCAGGCACUCCGGCCAACGUGUUCCUAAUGCACCUGGCUGUGGCCGACUUGUCCUGUGUGCUGGUCCUGCCUACCCGGUUGGUUUAUCACUUCUCUGGCAAUCACUGGCCUUUUGGGGAAAUCCCGUGCCGACUCACUGGCUUCCUCUUCUACCUGAAUAUGUACGCCAGCAUCUACUUCCUCACCUGCAUCAGUGCUGACCGGUUCCUGGCCAUUGUGCACCCAGUCAAGUCCCUCAAGCUUCGAAGACCUCUCUAUGCCCACCUGGCCUGCGCCUUCCUGUGGAUCGUGGUGGCCGUGGCUAUGGCCCCACUGCUAGUGAGUCCGCAGACUGUGCAGACCAACCACACGGUUGUCUGCCUGCAACUGUACCGGGAGAAGGCCUCCCAUCAUGCCCUGGCUUCCCUGGCUGUGGCUUUUACCUUCCCCUUCAUCACCACGGUCACCUGCUACCUGCUGAUCAUUCGCAGCCUCCGCCAGGGUCCCCGUAUAGAGAAGCACCUCAAGAAUAAAGCCGUCCGCAUGAUUGCUAUGGUUCUGGCCAUCUUCCUGAUUUGUUUUGUGCCCUACCACAUCCACCGUUCAGUCUAUGUGCUUCACUACCGCGGUGGUGGGACUUCGUGCUCAGCUCAGCGUGCCCUGGCCCUAGGGAACCGGAUCACCUCCUGCCUCACCAGCCUCAACGGGGCCCUGGAUCCAGUCAUGUACUUCUUUGUGGCUGAGAAAUUCCGCCACGCCUUGUGCAACUUGCUCUGCAGCAAACGACUCACAGGUCCUCCUCCCAGCUUUGAAGGGAAAACCAACGAGAGCUCCCUGAGCGCUCGGUCUGAGCUGUGAGCCCGAGCUGGGCGAGCCUCGGGGAGGUCCUGUCACCGGGCCAGCUGUACACUGUUGCAGGAAGACUGGCUAUUGACUGGGGUACACGCUACCAGAGCCAGCUAAAGAAGUCUAUCUUCCCUCACUACUUCCUGAGCAAACAAACGGAAGCGCCAGGAGUUCUCGCCCUGCUCCAAGGCCUCAACUGCAAGGCCAUCCAGUCUGAGCAAAUCUAUCCAGAGGGAGGACUAACUACGGGGCUGCCUGCCCACCCCUCCACAGGACUGGAUUGGCCUGGCUUCUGCACAGCUCUCAGACACUCAGUGACUUCACUGGUGCUAAAUAGGGAAGGGAGCCACAGGGACAUUUCUGGAACAAUGGGAAUCUUUCUUCUCUACUAAACUUCUAGCUUCUUUGAUACUACAGAUGCCCACAGACACAAAGCCCUACAGAAUAACCCAGAGACAAGCUGCCCAAGGUCCAGGAGAAGAGGCAGCACAAAUGCCAAUGGAACUGGAUGGACGUUUAAUAUUUCCUUUGAAGUGUAUGGUAUAUCGAAUAUUGUUUAAGGUGCUUUGCCCCCAUGAUCUCUGUCUGAGUUUAGGGGACACAGACUCUAAUGACAGCCACAUGUGAGUAUAUUUCAGACUGGCUGCUUGUAAGCCCAGCAAAUAGAGUUCUGGACUCCGCCCCUCUUGCAACCGUGUCCCCACACCUGCCUCAAGCGCUGUCCCGAGCUUCUCAACACAAUGUGGUCUUGUCAGACAUAUGGACACCAUUAGAGCCCACUGCAGGCAGGGAGCCUAAUGUGUGAACUUGUCUCCAGCUACACCCAGAAGGGACAUCCUGAGCCCCGCUCCCUCCCAAGAGGCUUCUGCAGCCCUGGCUGCCUGGGUCUGAGCUGUUGAACUUGUUAGUGUGUGAUGACUGCUCUAAUGCGUCCCCUUUCGUACUUGUUUGUAAUACUCUUAAACAUAAUUGAGUCUUAAGAUGAAGGAAAUAAUCGUGCUGGUUCAACAUGACACAUGAUGUCCUCCCCCUGAAAGUCUUGUCUCUUCCACCCACGAAUGACUGAGUAGGACAACACCCCCUUGUUGUGGUUCUGUGGCCUUGUGGCAGGUCUGCCCAGGCAGACCUGGAGCUGUGCAUCAUGGAGUUGAUUGCCAUUCUAGGUUAAGGGGGCUCUCGAACUUGUCCCUCCAGCUGCACCCUGCCUAUCACUAGAGGAACCCCAAGAUGACCCUGAUGCUCAGAACUGCUUUUAUCCAGUGCCGGUCUGGCCACCCCCACAGCCCCUCACCAAGACAACCUGCUGAAUACAAGGCCGUGCCAGCCAGGACCAACACGAGGCCAUGCGCCUCUUGGAUGAAAUAGCAAAGGGACAAGAUCACUGCAGGCUGUGACAGGAGGGACAGAGGGGACAAAGACCCAGACAGUCUCAUGACAAGCUGGAGGGUCUCUGAAAGUCAGCACUGCCUUUCCUGGCACAGGGGAUGCAGAAGUAGACUUGGGUCAGAGGAGGAAAAAUUUGUAGCUCAAUUUGGGACCUGUUGUGUUAGAAUCUCAAAUGGAGAUGCCACACCGGUGGGAGAACUGAGCAAAGGAGAGAUCCGGAGGAGAUCCCUGGAUUGUCCAGAUGUACCACUAAGAGGCCCAGGACUUUAUCUUCAAAGGCAGGCAUGGACUCGGGCCUAAAGAACAUCCUCGUGCAGAGGGAGAGGCUGAGGGAAACUAACACAACAGAGAAAUCUUACUGGGAGAGGAUGUGUUUCACCCCAGGGAGGGUCCUGCUGUGAGAGCACUCAGAGAGGUCAAGGGGGAGCCUGGUGAUACCCAGGUUCGGCUUCAGUCACAGAGAAGGUCAAAGGUGGUACUGGAUGCUCCCCCAUAGCUUUCCCAAGCAGGUGAGAGACUGGCUCAUUGCUGCCGGGAAGGUAUAUAACCCACAGGGAGAGAGGCAGGGGUGAGAAGAAAAGGUAAGGCCUCCUGGAAGGGGGACUGCCAGAGUACCAGGGAGGUAUACAGUCCUGAAUUUGGAGUCAAUUGGGCAACCUGGUUAAGGGGUGUCCCUCCAAUAUCCUCCAGCCGUGUGAAUGUAGGGAGGAAGGCAGACAGAUGGGGUCGGCAUGGUGCGGUAGCGGAUGGGAUGUCAGGGGUAAUUGGGAUUUAUCAACUUAAAACUCCUCAUCCAUCCGUAGCCACUCAAGGCCCUUCAGGCCUGCUGCCCCCUAAGGACCACCCCUUGUCCAGAGGGAGCUCUGUCUGUCCUUACGCUCCUGCCUCCAUCCUUAUCCUGCGGGCUGUGUUCUCCCUCUAGCAGGGACAGGACAAGGCCCACAGCCGGAUCAGUAGAGGACGCUGCAGAGCCUACUAGGCAGGACGAAGGCACUUAGAGUGGUGGCAGGAGAUCCUCCUCUCUGCCCACGGCUGCCGCUGGCUCACCUGCCUGCGUUCUUCACAAAGCCCAGGUCAGCCAGCUCCACGUCGCACAGCUCACAGCGGAAGCAGCCCGGAUGCCAGUUGGCGUUCAUGGCCUUGAUCACGCGGCCGAUGACAAACUCACCUGGGAGAGGAGAGACCUCAGCUACCAGGGCACACUCCCCAGCCGUGGGUAUCCCCCAAGCCCUAUGUACCCAGUGCUCCUCCCGUGUAGCCUGUCUAAGCACCCCUCUUUUAGGGGUCAGAAGAGCAAUGCUCAGGAAGACAGACUGAGGGCAUCAGGAGAAGUCCCCAGGCAAAGGAAUGCCAGUACCACCUGUUACCCCACUUGUCCCCUCCCCACUUGCUAAGUACAGUCAGUCACCAGCUCUUACCACAGAAUCCGCAGCAUGGAGCGAACAGCAUUUGGAAGUCGUGUUCACAGUACUUCCGGCCCUCAAACUGCAAACGGGGGCCACAGAAAAAAGGCACGCAAGUCAUUCAGCACCUCACAAGCUUUUACACCCUAGUAAAUAGCAGGGGUCUGGGGUCCUGAGAAGGGAGGCUUCUAAAGCUAGCUGGAGCAGGGGUCUAGCCCAUGCCACUUAGCAGAGUGCAAAGUCGUGGAGGGUGGGGCGGGUUUCACAGAGAUACUGAGGGUCCGAGGCCAGCUCUUGGGGAUUCUGCUGUCUGCUGAGGGAGAGGGGACCUGUGGGUCCUGACCACAGGCCGAGCUGAGGUGGGAGCGGUGCUGGGGAAGGAAGGGUCAAAUCUUGCGUUCUAUGUGCUACUCCAUUCUUCACAUCUGACCAGCUCAGUUCCCCCAAAGACUACAAAAGACCCACAGAGGGAAGACGGAGGAAAGGAUUCUCAGGGAGGCCCUGGGGAAUUGGGGUGACAAAGAAAAAGCACAGCCGUGCUUCAGUCAGCCACUGUCCUGUACCGUCCCCAAGAAUGACCAAAGCUUGCCUUGCCUUUCUCUCCCUUAACAAUUUGCUUUCUUAAGAAAAAUCUGGGGCUGGGGAUGUAGAUCGGUUCAUAGAGUACCUGACAUGCAUAAAGGUCUUGGUUUGGUUCACAGAAUUGUGGGAAUGGUAGUGCAUAUCUGUAAUCUCAGCACUGGGCAGAUGGAGACAGGAUGCACCAGACGUUCAAAGUCAUCUUUGACAACUUCCUUCCCCUAAAGUCACAUGCAGCUCUCCACUGUGAGGGAGGCAGGGGCUUGAAUUCCUUCAGCAGCAAUAUCUCCCAGACACCUACUGGGCUGGGCUUGGCUGUGGUCUAAAUCUCCUAGCAGAACUCUGCUCAACCCUCUGAUGCCUCUCCAGCCAGCAACUCUUGGGAGCCUGGAAAGUGACUGGAGAUCCUCACCUGACCACAUAUCCACAUCAGUCAGUCAACGAUGCCGACUGCUGACAACUCUCGGAGAGUCCAGCCCCCUCAAGCUUUGGUCCCCUCUCCACUGCAGCCCAGAGGAGUGACAGCCAGUGCUUAACCAGCUCUGGGGGAGGCAACAGAGGCCUUGCCAGACGCUGUGGUGUAAAUCUUUCUUCCAAACUGAUGUCACCACACAGAUGAAAAUAAUCUCAGAUGCAUAAACGGGAAAGUCUAACAAAUAACGGGAAGUCGGUGUCUUAUGUACUUGUUAUCAUCAUUUUUAAUAAAGUACUAUAUCUA